AUGGCGAUGCCCUCGGUGUUGAAGGAUGAGAAUGGCCGUCCGUUCAUUGUCGUUCGCGACCAAGGAAAGAAGAAGAGACAACAUGGCACAGAGGCCGUGAAAGCGCACAUUGUCGCUGCCAAAACAGUGGCCAACAUCGUCAAAACUUCUCUGGGACCCCGUGGCCUAGACAAGAUUCUCAUCUCUCCCGACGGCGACAUCACAGUCACAAACGACGGCGCCACCAUCCUCGGCCAGAUGGAAAUCACCAACAAUGUCGCAAAACUCCUUGUUGAGCUGUCGAAGUCACAAGAUGAGGAAAUUGGUGACGGGACAACAGGUGUCGUGGUUCUGGCUGCUGCCAUGUUGGAGCAAGCCGCGGACCUGAUUGACAAGGGCAUCCACCCGAUCCGAAUUGCUGAUGGCUACGAUCAAGCUUGCGAGAUUGCUAUUGCAGAGCUUGACAAGAUCAGUGACGAAAUUGUUUUCUCUCGCGAAGAUACCACGAACUUGCUCAAGGUUGCCAAGACGAGUUUGGGCAGCAAGAUUGUCUCCAAGUCUCACGACCAAUUCGCCCAGAUUGCCAUCGACGCCGUGAUGUCCGUAGCUGACCUGGAGCGCAAGGAUGUCGAUUUUGAAUUGAUCAAGGUGGACGGCAAGGUUGGCGGUUCGCUCGAGGACUCCCUUCUCGUCAAGGGUGUCAUUGUCGACAAAGAUUUCUCUCACCCUCAGAUGCCGGAUGAGGUUCACGACGCCAAGAUCGCAAUCCUCACCUGCCCCUUUGAACCCCCCAAGCCCAAGACCAAGCAUAAGCUGGACAUCACAUCGGUUGAUGAGUUCAAGAAACUCCAGGACUACGAGCAGGAGAAAUUUGCAGAGAUGAUUCAACAGCUCAAGGAUUCCGGUGCCAACUUGGUCAUUUGCCAGUGGGGUUUCGAUGACGAGGCCAACCAUUUGCUUCUUCAGAACAAGCUUCCAGCCGUUCGAUGGGUCGGUGGUCCAGAGAUUGAACUGAUCGCUAUCGCUACGAAUGGUCGCAUUGUUCCUCGCUUCGAGGACCUGUCUGCUGACAAACUGGGAACUGCUGGUCGCGUUCGCGAGAUGACCUUCGGUACCACGAGAGAGAAGAUGCUGGUUAUUGAGGAGUGCGCCAACAGCCGAGCCGUCACUGUGUUCAUUCGUGGUAGCAACAAAAUGAUUAUUGACGAGGCCAAGCGCUCACUACACGAUGCCAUUUGCGUGGUUCGCAACUUGGUUCGCGACAACCGCAUCGUUUACGGCGGUGGCGCUGCUGAAAUUGCUUGCUCCAUUGCGGUGGAGGAUGCUGCCGUGAAGAGUCCUGGUAUUGAGCAGUAUGCCAUGCGCGCCUUUGCUGACGCCUUGGACGCCAUCCCCUUGGCUCUCUCCGAGAACUCUGGUCUCAGUCCCAUUGAGACAUUGGCUUCCAUCAAAUCGCGCCAGGUCAAGGAGAAGAACUCUCGUCUCGGUGUGGAUUGCAUGCUGUCUGGCAGCAAUGACAUGCGUGAGCACUUUGCCAUUGACCCACUGAUUGGCAAGCGCCAGCAAUUGCUGCUGGCUACUCAGCUUUGCCGCAUGGUCCUGAAGAUCAACAACGUGAUCAUUUCUGGCGAUGACCAAUCUGAGUUUUAG